AUGCUUGUUGAUCGUAUUGUUGGCGUUGUCCAAGGUGAUGUAAAAAAGGGGAUGAAUGUGGACAAUGAUCGUGCCGUGGUAGUUGCUUGCGAACUUAGCCAAAUGAAAAUGCAAGGGGUUGCUGAUCUCUUGCUUCUUUCUUGUGAUGCUCGACCAGUUUUCAAAGAUAAUCCAAACUGUGUAAGUGGUAACAGCAACCAGCCUCUGGCUUCGAACUCCGUCACCUUCACCAGGUGUCGAGAUGGAGCUCUUCUUAAAACCCAAUCUCUAUUGCUACUUCUCAAAAACUUAUCUUCCUCUCUGGUCAGUUGUCCGAAAUUAGGUGAUGGUGGAAGCAUGGCCAGUAGUAGCAGCAGUAUGCUUUCAUCGGACAUCAACACUAAAUGGGCAGACAUGCCGAACCAUAUACACACACUGGCUGAUAUUGUCACGGAUCUUACGGAAAAUUCUGGACACUCGGCUUAUUUAGUGGCAGUAAAUCAUGAAGGGACAACUCCGGCUAUUCCAGGCUUAGUUGACCGUUACCAGGCCAGCAGAGCAUGCCUCGAGGCCCGGCUUGCUUGCACUAGAAUAAAAAAAUCAAAAACUGACGAACUAAACCCUCAAGUGUUGGUCCAGAUAUGUAGUACAUUAUCCAAGAAUUUGGCCAUAAUGACCGAUAUUUGUCGGCACGCCAGUGAACAGACCAAGGACCGUGCUGACCAGGACCAGUUUAAACACUGUGUGAAGAGUUUGACUGCUACGGCUAGUUGUCUUAUCUCAAGUAUUAAGACUUUUAAGAACAAACCAACCCCUAUAAAUCAAGGUCGGUGUGUGGCUUUCUGUGAACCUCUUGUGGCUUCAGCGAAUGCCUUUGUAAUGUUUGCAAUCGAAAAGGAAUUCAUUGGAGUUGCAGCUGUACUUUCGUCAGAGUCCAAAGAACAACAAACAGCUAUACUCGGUGCUUUUUUUUCAUUUUUUUUCUUUCUCUUUCUUUUUUCUUCUUUCUUUCUUUCUUUUUUCUUCUUUCUUUCUUUCUUUUUUCUUUUUUUUUUCUUUCUUUUUUUCUCUUUCUUUUUUCUACUUUUUCUUUUUUCUUCUUUCUCUUUCUUUCUUUUUUCUUUCUUUCUCUUUCUUUUUUCUUUCUUUCUUUUUCUUCUUUCUUUCUUUCUAUUUCUUCUUUCUUUCUCUUUUUUCUUUCUAUCUCUUUUUUCUUUCUAUCUCUUUUUUCUUUCUAUCUCUUUUUUCUUUCUAUCUCUUUUUUUCUUUCUAUCUCUUUUUUCUUUCUAUCUCUUUUUCUUUCUAUCUCUUUUUCUUUCUAUCUCUUUUUCUUUCUAUCUCUUUUUCUUUCUAUCUCUCUUUUUCUUUCUAUCUCUUUUUUCUUUCUAUCUCUUUUUCUUUCUAUCUCUUUUUCUUUCUAUCUCUUUUUCUUUCUAUCUCUUUUUUCUUUCUAUCUCUUUUUUUUCUUUCUUUUUCUUUCUAUCUCUUUUUUCUUUCUAUCUCUUUUUUCUUUCUAUCUCUUUUUUCUUUCUAUCUCUUUUUUCUUUCUAUCUCUUUUUUCUUUCUAUCUCUUUUUUCUUUCUAUCUCUUUUUUCUUUCUAUCUCUUUUUUCUUUCUAUCUCUUUUUUCUUUCUAUCUCUUUUUCUUUCUAUCUCUUUUUUCUUUCUAUCUCUUUUUUCUUUCUAUCUCUUUUUUCUUUCUAUCUCUUUUUCUUUCUAUCUCUUUUUCUUUCUAUCUCUUUUUCUUUCUUUCUCUUUUUUCUUUCUAUCUCUUUUUUUUCUUCUCUCUUUUUCUUCUUUCUCUCUUUUUCUUUUUUCUCUUUUUCUUCUUUUCUUUUCUUUCUCUCUUUUUUUUUUUCUUUCUUUUUCUCUCUUUUCUUCUUUCUUUCUCUCUCUUUUUCUUCUUUCUUUCUCUCUCUUUUUUCUUCUUUCUUUCUCUCUCUUUUUUCUUCUUUCUUUCUCUCUCUUUUUUCUUCUUUCUUUCUCUCUCUUUUUUCUUCUUUCUUUCUCUCUCUUUUUUCUUCUUUCUUUCUCUCUCUUUUUUCUUCUUUCUUUCUCUUUCUUUUUUCUUUCUUUCUUUCUCUUUUUCUUCUUUCUUUUCUUUCUUCUUUCUUUCUCUUUCUUUUUUUCUUCUUUCUCUUUCUUUUUUUUCUUCUUUCUUUCUCUCUCUUUUUUCUUCUUUCUUUCUCUUUCUUUUUUCUUCUUUCUUUCUCUUUCUUUUUUCUUCUUUCUUUCUCUUUCUUUUUUUUUCUUUCUUUCUCUUUCUUUUUUCUUCUUUCUUUCUCUUUCUUUUUUCUUCUUUCUCUUUCUUUUUUCUUCUUUCUUUCUUUUCUUUUUUUCUUCUUUCUUUCUUUCUUCUUUCUUUUUUCUUUUUUCUUUCUUUCUUUCUUUCUUUUUCUUCUUUCUUUCUUUCUCUUUCUUUUCUUUCUUUCUUUCUCUUUCUUUUUUUUCUUUCUUUCUUUCUCUUUCUUUUUUCUUUUUUCUUUCUCUUUUUUUUUUCUUUUUUCUUUUCUUUCUUUUUUCUUCUUUCUUUUUUCUCUUUCUUUUUUUCUUUCUUUCUUUCUCUUUCUUUUUCUUCUUUCUUUCUUUCUCUUUCUUUUUUUUCUUUCUUUCUUUCUCUUUUUUUUUCUUCUUUCUUUCUUUCUCUUUUUUUUUCUUUCUUUCUUUCUUUCUCUUUUUUCUUUCUUUCUUUCUUUCUCUUUUUUUUUCUUUCUUUCUUUCUUUCUCUUUCUUUUUUCUUUCUUUCUUUCUUUCUCUUUCUUUUUUCUUUCUUUCUUUCUUUCUCUUUCUUUUUUCUUUCUUUCUUUCUUUUUUUUUUCUUUCUUUCUUUCUUUCUUUCUCUUUCUUUUUUCUUUCUUUCUUUCUUUCUUUUUUUCUUUCUUUCUUUCUUUCUCUUUCUUUUUUCUUUCUUUCUUUCUUUCUUUUUCUUUCUUUCUUUCUUUCUUUCUUUCUUUUUUCUUCUUUCUUUCUUUCUCUUUUUUUCUUCUUUCUUUCUUUCUCUUUCUUUUUCUUCUUUCUUUCUUUCUCUUUCUUUUUUCUUUUUCUUUCUUUCUUUCUUUUUCUUCUUUCUUUCUUUCUCUUUCUUUUUUCUUCUUUCUUUCUUUCUCUUUCUUUUUUCUUCUUUCUUUCUUUCUCUUUCUUUUUUCUUUCUUUCUUUCUUUCUCUUUCUUUUUUCUUUCUUUCUUUCUUUCUCUUUCUUUUUCUUUCUUUCUUUCUUUCUCUUUCUUUUUUCUUUCUUUCUUUCUUUCUCUUUCUUUUUCUUUUUUCUUUCUUUUCUUUCUUUCUUUCUUUCUUUUUUUUUUCUUUCUUUCUUUCUUUCUCUUUUUUCUUUCUUUCUUUCUUUCUCUUUUUUCUUUCUUUCUUUCUUUCUCUUUCUUUUUUCUUUCUUUCUUUCUUUCUCUUUCUUUCUUUCUUUCUUUCUUUCUCUUUCUUUUUUCUUCUUUCUUUCUUUCUCUUUCUUUUUUCUUCUUUCUUUCUUUCUCUUUCUUUUUUCUUCUUUCUUUCUUUCUCUUUCUUUUUUCUUCUUUCUUUCGUUCUCUUUCUUUUUUCUUCUUUCUUUCGUUCUCUUUCUUUUUUCUUUCGUUCUCUCUCUUUUUUCUUCUUUCUUUCGUUCUCUCUCUUUUUUCUUCUUUCUUUCGUCUCUCUCUUCUUUCUUUCUCUUUCUCUUCUUUCUUUCUCUUUUCUUCUUUCUUUCUUUCUCUUUUCUCUCUCUAUCUAUAGACAAAUUAAUACAACUUAUGAUGUUGGGAAAAACUACAUUCUCUGUCUUCUACCCAUUUUCUUUUCAUUUUUCUCUUCUUUUCAUUUUUCUCUUCUUUUCAUUUUUCUCUUCUUUUCAUUUUUCUCUUCUUUUCAUUUUUCUCUUCUUUUCAUUUUUCUCUUCUUUUCAUUUUUCUCUUCUUUUCAUUUUUCUCUUGUUUCUUACUUAUCCUCUACCUUUUCUGUUUUUCUCUAUCCCUUACCCCCUUUUCCUUUCACUCUUUCUUUUCAUUUUUCUCUUGCUUUCUUACUUACCCUCUACCUUUCCUUUAUUUUUCUUUAUCUCUUACCACUUUUCUUUUCACUUGGUUUUCUUUUCAUUUUUUUCUUGCUCUCUCCCUUCAAAAAUUCUUUCUCUUUUUCUCCUCUCCAUAACUUUUUUCGCAUGUGUAACACUUUUCAUAGAACACACAGAUACUCUGAUCCUCAACAGAAUUGCUGA